AGAAGGGACCGACCGAAAAUUCCCGACAGGUGACCGAAAUACGUCGUGAGCCGUCGCGAACGAAACGACGCGUAAACGAGUAUUUAUUGAUGAUUCAAUCGCUCGAUUCAAUCCAUUGAAAACAGCAAAGAGAAAUGAGUAAGGCAUUCUACAUUAAAUUAAUUGAUUUAAAACCAAAUACAAUGAGAAUUAUAACUAAUGUUCGCAUUGGAAGGCUGACUUGCAUCCUUUCGACCAUUGUUAUAGUCGCUUGUCUUUUCGUUUUGAGUCACUUCACCUUCCACGCUUCAACUACUCACUUCUUUAAUGGCGUCAAGCAUAAGUUCCACCAUUGGUUUCAAAAAGCUGUCUUCGAUCACAACUGGGAAGACAUCCAUUGCAGAAGAAAGUUCAAAAAUGAGACCCAUGUCGAUGAUAGCUGGGUUCAAGUCAUCAGUGAGCAGCUGAACAUCAAAGAUGGCCAAGCUGUCUUCGAUAGCAACACUGGUUGCAAUGAUUGGAUUAUUGCUUUGAGAAAGAAAUUCCCACGUCUAAAGAUCGGUGGAGGGCACACUGAUCCAUACGCUGUAGAAUAUGCUAAAAGACUCUUUAACGAUACGGCAGAUACGUUUGUUAUCGUUGAUAAGUAUACAGGCAAACUACAAGCUAAUGCACCUUCUAUCAUGUAUGACCAUGCUAUUAAUUAUGCAGGAUUAAGAGAGAUGUCUAAAGAAGCUCAGUGCACAUUGGUUGGGGAAUUAUUAAGAAUUAUUAAACCUGGUGGAUCUAUUUAUCUGGGUCAUAAUAUGGAAGAAAAUGAAUGCAAGGUGUUUGAAAAAUACACUAGUUUUGUACGACUUCCAGGAUGCUAUUGGUCGGAUUGUCUAAAAACGCGCACAGAUAUUUCAGAUAUUUAUUAUAUAAAAGAAAGUGACCUAUAUGGACCCCAUAAGGACAUUGACAGUUGUUAUACAGCUGUAUUCAUACAUAGAAGGGUCAUAAUCAAUAGGGUCAAGAACGGACCUGAAGAAAUCAAGCCAAAAUAUAAGGAACAUCCGAAGAAAUACUAUUGCACACCAGAACCAACUGAUCAAGGAAUGGCACAAGGAGCAAAAGAACUCUUUGAUAAACAUAUGAUUCCUGCACACCCAAGAAGCUUGGCAGGCUCUUUACUAAAAUAUAAGCAAAGUAAAAUGCCUAAGAAUGAUACCUCUAAUUAACUUGAUUCCCAUUGUCGUUUUAACGAAGUGAAAUCAGUGUCUGUAGUAGUGUGGAUCCGUGAGGUGUACUACUUUGACAAUGCGAUGACAUACUUUAUCGUCAAUAAUAAGACAGACCAAUAAAAACUGAUGUCAAUUUGUAUUUUACAAUAACAAUAACAACAAUAAAAACAUCUUCGUGAUCAAGCCAAAGGAAAGAGCACAUGCUCGUUGACGUCAGCUUAUUUGUGUUUCCUCUUAUUGAUGAUAAAAAUAGACCAAUCAGCAAGCUAAAAAUUUGUAUUGUUAAUGAUAAUCUAGAGUGCAUUCAGUCAAACUGUUGAAUAGUUAGAUAAAUGUAUCUAACUUAGAUAACUAUUUAGUUGACGUCACCUAAAAUAGUAAAAGCACACCAAAUAACGGUCAUGCCAAUCCGGGGGUU